UUGUUUAUUAUUUGUUGGCGAAAUAAAAAUGUGCUUUCGGUUUAAUCUUUUUAAUUGAAUUUUUUAUUCUAUGACAUUAGGUGAUGUACUAGCUGCUAGCGAUGAGUUGAAUCAAGUCUUUGAGAAAUAUACAUCUGUUAUCAUCCUUGGGCAAUUUCCCAAAUCUUCUGCGACAGAAGCUUCUAAGUCGAUUUACAAUGAAACAUCCCUUUUGGACCUAUCGUCUCCUAUUGACACUGUUCCCUGUAAGAGCAGUUUAAGCACGACGCAGGGUAUAUCAUUGACAGAUCAUCGCUCAGAUAUGGAUGUGCUAGGAGAUAUAUUUAAUACACUGGAGAAACCAGUCAAGUCUGAAACAAGUUUCUUGAUGCCAAACACCAUAAUGCAACCAAUCAGUAUCUCGCCUAUGAAUAAAAAAAACGAAAUUAUCAAUACUGAUGAAGAAAAAAUAGACAGUAAAGCAAAAGCACUGGAAGAAUUAAAUGAAUUGGGAGAAACUUUACUUAAACAAAGUUUGUCGUGCACAGUAUCAAGUACACGUUCGUCACAAGGCAAAAUAAGCAGUAAUGUGACAAAAAGUAUCUAUGAUCCUAUUCGAAAACAAAAUUUAUCCUACGAUUCUAAUAACAUGUCACAACAUAACGCAAUGGAACAGCCAUAUACAAGAAACUGUGAAAAAAAUAGUAAUAUGGACAUUUUAGCACCCUCAAAUUCGUCACAAUUUAACGCAACUGCUGAUUUAUGCAAGAAAAGUAGUAAUUCAGAAAUAAUGAAUGCAAAAAUACAGCAGCAGGAAAUGAUGCAAUUACGUAACGGUAUGUCGAAGACAGAAAAUACUGAGCCUGAAAUCAAACCAUUGACUGAUAUCACAAUCUGCCUUGAAGACAUUAAACCAGGAAUAAAUCCACCUCUAACGGUAAUUGAGGAAAGAAAUGACAUUAGUGUGGUGCUUCAUUUUGCUCAAGAUAGCCCUAGAUUAGAUGUAUCUGUAAUAGUAAUUACUACAAUGAGCAAAAACGCAAAGCCACUUAGUAAUUAUUUAUUUCAAGCAGUUGUACCCAAGAAAUGCAAAUGUAGACUGCAGGCGCCUUCUGGAACAAAGUUGCCAGGGCAUAAUCCAUUCCUCCCUCCAUCCGCAAUUACGCAGAUUAUGCUGAUUGCAAACCCUCUCAAGGAGCCGGUAUCUUUGAAGUUUAUGUUAAGCUACACAAUGGACGACGAAACGUUUACAGAAAUGGGAGAAGUGGAUACAUUACCUUAUGUAUGAAGUUUAGUUGACCCUCUUUUGUGAGCUACAUGCAACGCUGCACUCAUAUUUGUCGUGUGUGCCCUCAGUAGAUCGAAAAUGAUAAAAAUGUUAUGAUUACUGCGAUUCAACUAUAAACAAGCAAUUAUAAAAUUGUUAGAUAUUCUACACUUUAAAUUUAGCAUACCAGCAGUUGAACCUCCAUAUUCUUAAUAAUUUCUCUAAUUUUAAUUUUUCUUUUAACCUCUAGUCUUAUAGUUGCUAGACAGUAUGUGGAAAUAUUUGCUGUAUUUCUUUCCGCUAUGUGGCAAGUGUUUUUGCGUUUUGUGUACAGAAUUUAUUUUAAUAUGUAGGACUUGUGCAAAAUGAAAAUGUCGUUUCAGAAUUUGUACGAUGACAUUAUCAUAUAAUAUGUGACCAAAUGACAGAUGUAGAGAUUUCAUGUAAUGAAAUAAUGAAGUAAUGAGAGAACAAGAAGAGGUGUUAAGUUUAUGAAUAUUGUGUAUUGGUAGAAUGCUAAAGGUAUGCAGAAGUCCAAUUAUAACAAUCGGAACAAAUUAAUAAUUAUGAAUGCUAUACAAACUAUUUUAAGGCUCCUGGGUACUCACCGCGGCCAUAUUGAAAUU